AUGGCCCUGCCGCAUAGCCCCCUAUACUGGAACACGCUGAUCGUGGGCAAGCUCUCCCCAUGGAUCCGCCCCGAUUCCCCCCUGGAGCACGUGAGGAGGAACUCGGAGGGGGCCCUGAGCCAGGAGCUGGGCUUCGGGGCCUACCUGGGCCUGCCCGCGGUGCUGGUGCCCCUGCGGCAGCGCCACAGCCCCAACCUGGCCCGGCUGCUCUGCAGCCACCUCCAUGGGGCCCAUCACAGCGCCAUGGUGUGGGUGCAGGUGCCCCUCCUGGCCCCCGAGGCCGAGCGCGAGGACCUGGUGGGCAACGAGGAGCCGGAGCGCGGCGGGGACGAGACCACGUGGGGCUGGUGGCACGACUUCCGCACCCUCUGUGACUACAACAAGCGGGUGGGGGUCGCCCUAGAGGUGGGGCCGGACCUGCCCUCCAACGCCGCCCUAGAGCGCUGGUUGGGGGAGCCCCUGAAGGCCGCCCUGCUGCCCACCAGCCUCUUCCUCACCAACAAGAAGGGGUUCCCCGUGCUCUCCAGGCCCCACCAGCGCCUCCUCGCCCGGCUCCUUAAGUUGGAGGUGCAGGUGGUGCUGACGGGCGCCCCCCGCCAUGGGGGGAAGCCCCUGGCUUCCUACCUGCAGUACCUGGAACAUGUGGGGCAGCACCGGCCCCCCCCCUCGGCCUAUGAGCUCUUCGCUAGGGGCUACGAGGAUUACCUGCAGAGCCCCCUGCAGCCCCUUAUGGACAACCUGGAGUCGCAGACCUAUGAGGUGUUCGAGAAGGAUCCAAUCAAAUACUCCCAAUACCAGCAGGCGAUAUAUAGGUGCCUGCUCGACCGGGUGCCUGAGGAGGAGAAGGACACCAAUGUGCAGGUGGUGAUGGUGCUGGGGGCGGGGCGGGGGCCGCUGGUGAGCGCCGCCCUCCGAGCUUCCCGCCAGGCAGCGCGGCCAAUCAGGGUCUACGCCGUGGAGAAGAACCCCAACGCCGUGGUCACGCUGCAGAGCUGGCAGUACGAGGAGUGGGGGGCGCAGGUGACGGUUGUGGGGCAGGACAUGAGGGGCUGGAGCCCCCCCGAGGGCGCCGACCUCGUGGUCUCCGAGCUCUUGGGUUCCUUUGGGGACAACGAAUUGAGCCCCGAGUGCCUGGAUGGGGCCCAGCACUGCCUCAAGGCGGGGGGGGUGAGCAUCCCCUGCUCCUACACCUCCUUCCUGGCGCCCAUCUCCUCCUCCAAGCUCUACACCGAGGUGCGGGGCUGCCGCGAGCGCGACCGCGACCCCGAGGCCCAGUUCGAGAUGCCCUACGUCGUCCGCCUCCACAACUACCACCAAUUGGCCGCCCCCCAACCUUGCUUCACCUUCCAGCACCCCAACCCCGAGGCAGCCAAUGACAACAGCCGGUACCGCCUCCUGACCUUCCGGGUCCAGGUCAACUCCGUGCUCCAUGGCUUCGCUGGCUACUUCGAGACCACCCUCUAUGGGGACAUCACCCUCAGUAUCCGCCCGGAGACGCACUCCCCGGGGAUGUUCUCCUGGUUCCCCAUCUUCUUCCCCAUCAAGCAACCCCUCCCCCUACAGGCCGGCCAGGACCUCACCGUGGCCUUUUGGCGUUGCUCCACCCCCAAGAAGGUGUGGUACGAAUGGGCCGUCACCGGCCCCGCCCCUUCCGCCCUCCACAACCCCGCGGGCCGCUCUUACACCAUCGGCCUCUGACCAAUAA